GUGGUAUUUGGUGCCACCUACAGGUGUAUCUUUAACUUUUCUCUGACCCGGAUGUAAACUGCAUCCUUCUCGGUCACACGUGUGUAAGUCCUCUAGGAUCCACCAUGGGCAAGUCCAAACAAACAGGAAACCACAAGAGUGACAAGAAGAAGCACAUCGCAAAGACAUGGAAGACAAAGCGCAAAACCAAAGACCUGGACCAGAUCCACUCAGACAUGAAGCCUGAGACCGCAAACAAGCUCCUACAUCAGGAGGUGGACUACGAUGUGACAGGAUGUGCACAACACUACUGCUUACAUUGCGCGAGAUAUUUUGUGGAUAUGAGAUCCAUGAAGGAGCACUUCAAGAGCAAAGUGCACAAAAGACGGUUGAAGCAGCUCAGAGAGGAGCCCUACACCCAGGCAGAGGCAGAGAGGGCAGCAGGUAUGGGCUCCUACAUCCCUCCAAAAAAAGUUGAAGUGAAGACCCAGCCUGUGGAAGAGAACAUGGACUGAGAGCUUCUCACUUCUAACCCAUGGACUGAUACACACAAUAACAGAAGCAUUAACAAAAUGGAUCAUGCUUCAGUUAUUCCUCAUCACAAAUGUUAAAUAUUUUUUGUGACACUUCAAGCCUGGCUGUGGCCAGAAUCAGGAAAGCCUUACCUUUAAUGCUGGGUAAUGUAAUGCAACAUGUACCUAUGUAAAUAUUGAGUAUGUGUAGAACUGUGUGGAAUGCUAAUAAACUAAAACAUACAGUGGAUUAAGCAA